CUCGGAGGAAUGCAAUCCGGCUCACCAAUGAGUACACAGUGGAAACGUUGGUGGUGGCAGAUGCUGAUAUGGUCCAGUAUCAUGGGGUGGACACUGCCCAGAGGUUCAUCCUCACUGUCAUGAACAUGGUGUACAACAUGUUCCAACACCAGAGCCUCGGAGUUAAAGUCAACAUUCGAGUGACCAAGCUUGUCCUCCUUCGGAGUCGUCCUGCCGAGCUGUCCAUUGGGCACCACGGGGAAAGGUCUCUGGAGAGCUUUUGCCACUGGCAAAACGAAGAGUUUGGCGGCGCAAAGUAUCUUGGAAACAAUCAUGUUCCUGGCGCCCGCGACGACACCCUUCCGGUGGAUGCAGCUGUCUUUGUUACCAGGACAGAUUUUUGUGUCCACAAAGAUGAGCCCUGUGACACCGUGGGAAUUGCCUAUCUUGGAGGGAUCUGCAGUGCGAAAAGGAAAUGCGUCUUAGCAGAAGACAACGGGCUGAAUUUAGCGUUCACCAUUGCACACGAACUGGGACACAACAUGGGCAUGAGCCACGACGACGACCACGCGUCUUGCACCGGCCGAUCUCACAUCAUGUCCGGAGAAUGGGUGAAGGGCCGCAACCCCAGCGACCUAUCGUGGUCUUCCUGCAGCCGCGACGACCUCGAGAAGUUCUUCAAGUCCAAGAUCAGCAGCUGUUUGCUGGUAACAGACCCCCGUAGCCGAUACGCCGUGCGGCUUCCUUACAAACUUCCCGGGAUGCAUUACAGCGCAGACGAGCAGUGUCAGAUCCUCUUUGGAACAAACGCGACCUUCUGCAAGAACAUGGAGCAUUUGAUGUGUGCCGGCCUCUGGUGCCUCGUGGAAGGAGACACGUCCUGCAAAACCAAACUGGACCCUCCCCUGGACGGCACAGAAUGCGGGGCAGACAAGUGGUGCCGGACAGGCGAGUGCGUCAGCAAAACCCCCAUCCCCGAACAUGUCGACGGAGACUGGAGUGUCUGGAGCCAGUGGAGUAUGUGCAGCAGGACGUGCGGGACCGGCGCCAGAUUCAGACAACGCAAAUGUGACAAUCCGCCUCCUGGGCCCGGGGGCAAAAAUUGCCGCGGAGCCAACGUCGAGCACACCGUUUGCGAAAACUUGCCAUGUCCUAAAGGGGUGCCCACCUUUCGUGACCAGCAGUGCCAGUCCCACGAUCGAUACAACAGCAAGAAGAAAAACCUUUGGACGGCGGUCAUCGUGGAUGAUAAGCCCUGCGAACUCUACUGUUCCCCCGUCGGGAAGGAGUCUCCCGUGCUGGUGUCAGACAGGGUGGUCGACGGAACUCCCUGCGGACCUUAUGAGACCGAGCUCUGUGUUCAUGGAAAGUGCCAGAAAAUCGGCUGUGAUGGAAUCAUUGGCUCGGCUGCCAAAGAAGACCGCUGCGGGGUCUGCAACGGAGACGGCAAAACCUGCAGAGUGGUGAAAGGCGAUUUCAACCAUACCAAAGGGAUGGGUUAUAUCGAAGCGACCGUGAUCCCUGCAGGAGCUCGACGAAUCCGUGUAAUGGAAGAUCAACCUGCUCACAGUUUUCUGGCCUUGAAAGAUUCCAGUAAGAAAUCCAUUAAUAGUGACUGGAAAAUUGAACUUCCUGGGGAGUUUCAGAUUGCGGGAACGACCGUCCGGUACGUGCGAAGAGGCCUGUGGGAGAAAAUCUCGGCCAAAGGCCCUACUAAAAUACCGCUCCACUUGAUGGUGCUUCUGUUCCAUGAUCAAAACUACGGGAUCCACUAUGAAUACACCAUCCCCGUGAACCACUCUGCCGAAAACAGAAGCGAGCCGGAAAACCUGCCGGACUCCUUAUACAUCUGGACACACAGCGGGUGGGAAGGGUGUAGCGUCCAGUGCGGUGGAGGAGAGCGCAAGACCGUUGUGUCCUGUACACGGAUUGUCAACAAGACCAUGAUGUUGGUAAAUGAUAGCGCCUGUCAGCGGGUUACCCGUCCGGAUCCUCAGGUUAGAAGAUGUAACGUCCAUCCCUGUCAAUCAAGGUGGGUGGCCGGCCAGUGGAGCCCUUGCUCUUCCACCUGCGCCAAAGGCAUCCAGAUCCGAGAAGUGACCUGCGUCUAUCAGCUGCAGAACGGCACCUACGUGCGCACCAGGGACCUCUACUGCCUCGGUCCCAAACCAGCGCCCCUCCAAAGCUGCGAAGGCCGCGAUUGCCUUUCCAUCUGGGAAGCGUCGGAAUGGUCGAAGUGUUCGUCGGACUGUGGACGCGGGAUGCAGAAGAGAACGGUCACCUGCACCAACUCGCAAGGGAAGUGUGAUGCAGCCACCAGGCCGAGGGAUGAGGAAGAUUGCGAGGAUCACACGGGCUGUUACGAGUGGAAGACGGGGGACUGGUCCAAGUGCUCCUCGACUUGCGGGAAAGGCCUUCAGUCGCGGGUGGUGCAGUGCAUGCACAAGGUCACGGGCCGCCACGGCAGCGAGUGCCCGGCCCUCUCCAAGCCGGCGGCCUACCGGCAGUGCCACCAGGAAGCGUGCAACGAGAAGAUAAACGUCAACACUAUCACCUCUCCGAGGCUCGCUGCCCUGACGUACAAGUGCGCGGGAGAUCAGUGGACAGUUUACUGUCGAGUAAUCCGGGAGAAGAACCUUUGCCAGGACAUGAGGUGGUACCAGCGGUGUUGCCAGACUUGCAGAGACUUCUAUGCCAACAAGAUGCAGCAGAAGAGUUAA